AAGCGUUCAGCUCCUCUCUCCUCUCAAUCAACUUGUCGCCGAAGAACAACCCAAGUCUCAUCAAUGGCUGCUAGGUUUCUCAGUUUGAGGCGCGCUUUAUCUCUCUAUUGCAAUAACCAAAGACAUCGGAUUCCUUUGUCUCAAGAUAAGUUUUCGCAAUCGAAGUCACUCUUCGGCAGAGAUUAUGCAUAUGGGGGAUUACUUCAGAGACAAUUUUGUGUAACCCGUCAGGCUAGUGAAGCUUCAUUAACCAAUGGCUGCAACUCCUCACACUCUGCUGCUGAACUGGACAAAGCUCCUUCUCCUGCAACGGCCUCUGAGGAGCUGAUUGUGAAAUACAAUUCCCAGUUGAAAAUAAACCCGAGGCACGACUUCAUGAUGGUCUUUACUUGCAAGGUCUGUGAGACGAGAUCGAUGAAGAUGGCGAGCCGAGAAUCGUACGAGAAGGGCGUUGUGGUGGUACGUUGUGAAGGUUGUGAUAAUCUGCAUUUGAUUGCAGACCGUCGUGGUUGGUUUGGAGAACCGGGAAGCGUGGAGGAGUUUCUUGCUGCUCGUGGUGAAGAAUUCAAGAAAGGAUCCAUGGAUUCUCUCAACCUUACAGUUGAAGACUUAGCUGGAGAAAAGAUGUCCAGUGAAUAG